CCUGGUGAUACCAUGGGACAAUCGCAAAGCGACGGGGAUGAGGAGGUCGCACUGUCGCAAAUUCAGGACCUCUAUAAGAAAUUUGCCUCCGAAUGCCCAAGUGGAAACUUGCAUUUGCAUGAAUUCAAAAAAAUCUUUGGGGUCACUAGCGAGUCGUCGGCAGAGGAAUCUGCAUAUAUGGAAAACCUAUUCCGCUCCUUCGACACGAAUCAGGACAACACAAUAGAUUUCUUGGAAUAUGUGGCAGCCGUGCACCUUGUUCUUCGGGGGAAACUCGAAGAUAAGCUGAAGUGGUCUUUUAAGGUCUACGACAGGGAUGGCAACGGUCGCCUUGACAAACGCGAAGUGAGACACAUUAUUAAGAUAAUUUCUAAGAUUAAGCAAUGCAGUGGUGAAUCUGACCGUGAAUCCCUAUCACCUGACCAAAUAUGCGACAGAAUCUUUGAGCUCAUCGACAAAAAUAAAGAUGGUCAGAUUUCACUUGAAGAAUUCUUGGAAGGUGCUCAGAAGGAUGAAUGGGUUUUAGACCAUCUCAAACUGGAUCUAAGGCCUUGUGAAUGGUUUAUUGAAAUGCAAAGAAGGAACCCAUGACUGUGAAAGAACUGUGAGGUGGAAUGCAAAACAAAUAGCUAUACUUACAUCAGUGAUACAAAAUAAGCUUUAAACUCUUGGAUUUUGCAAUUUGGAAAUAUUGUUUCAAGGCUGGCCUGAAAAAUGAAGACUCAAGCUCACACCAAACUGAUGAUUGGACUUAUAAGGCAGAGCAGUGUGAUGUAUGCUUGAAGUGAUGCACUGUUCCUUAGACAUUGUUAAC